UAAUUCAUGUGCUACAAGAGCAAGAAGAAGAAUUGGUAGAAUUAAACAACCAAAAAGAGUUAGAAGACCGAAAAUAAGAAGAAAUAGUCCAAGAGUAGUUGUACCAAAACCAAAGGGUUCACGAUAUGCUCAAAUAACGGUAUUAGCUCUAUCAAAUACUACAAUUGAUAAGUUAGGCCUUUAUGUUGAAAAAAUUAGAAAUGGUCAAGUACAAUAUUCUCCAAUUCAUAAAUUAAUUGAAAUAUUACCAACAUCAAGAUUUAGAUCUAGAUCUGAAAUUACUAAAUAA